AUGUAAAAAGGUUUAUUGACAAUCUUAGCUAUAACAAUAUUAGCUGGUACUGGAUUAUUGAUGAACUCAUAGAGCUAAGAAUAAAAUUCUUUUUUGGAAGAUAAAUUGAUGAAAGAAUAUUAAAUAUGGUAAUAAGAACAUGGAAAAAGAUACUCUUAAUUUGAGAAUACAUUUAGAUUUGGAAUAUUUAAAAAAAAUUAUGAUUAUGUUAUAAAUCAUUAAAAAAGAUUUGAAGCUGGUUUAGAAACAUAUGAACUUGGAAUGAACAGUUUAGCAGAUCUUUCAGUUGAAGAAUUUGAAGGAAUAUAUUUAAAAUGGAGAUACAAUAAUAAAUAAUAAUCUAAUGAAAUAUUUGAAGGAGGAAAGGGAAUAUAAAUUCCAGAAUUUGUUGAUUUAAGAAAUGAUGGUUUAGUAAGUGCAGUUUAAAAUUAAGGAAAUUGUGGAUCAUGUUGGGCAUUUUCUGCAGUUGGAUCAUUAGAAAGUGCUUUAAGAUAGAGUGGAGUAUAAAAUGUAGAAUUAUCAGAAUAAGAACUUAAUGAUUGUACUAAAGGAUAAGAGUAUGAUAGUGAUGGUUGCAAUGGUGGUUUUAUGUUUGAAGCUUUUGAAUAUGCAUCUAAGAAUGGAAUUGCUAUUAAAUCAGAAUAUACAUAUGUUGCUUAAGAUUAAGAAUGUUAAUCUAAAAAGACAAAGACUAGAUUUACAUUUAAUGGCUAUAUUAGAGUUGAAUCACUCAAUUCUUAAGCUUAUCUUGAAGCAGCAUCUUAACAUGCUCUAUCUGUUGGUAUUAAUGCAAGUGGAAUCAAUUUCUAACUUUAUAGAAAGGGUAUCUUUUCAUCUAAAUGUGAUGGAAAAGUUGAAUCUCUUAAUCAUGCAAUUCUAAAUGUUGGUUAUGCUCCAGAUUAUUAUUUACUUAAAAAUUCUUGGGGAUUAUCUUGGGGAGAAGCAGGUUUUAUCAGAUUUGCUAGAAUUACAGAUAAAGUUGGAUAAUGUGGAGUUCAUUAAGAUGUAACCUAUCCUAUCUAUAAAAAGAAUUCAUCUAUUAUUCAAUGA